AUGUUUGGACACCAAACAUCAGUUUGCAAUUGAAAAGUAAACAUGAAAGUUUUAGUAGUUUGUGUUCUAUUGGUGGCCUGCGCCAAUGCCUCCUCGUUAUCCAAUAUUGCUCAAAAAUUAAUGCCCAGUUUCGCUACUGGUUACAUUAUUAAGGGACAAGAUGCUGAACCACAUUCCGCUCCUUACAUUGUAUCCUUGAGCAGAACCUCCAAGCAUUCGCACAUUUGUGGUGGCACUCUCAUCAACAAGAACUGGAUUUUAACCGCUGCUCACUGCAUUAGCAAUCCUGUGGGUAUGGGUGUUGUUGCUGGUCUUCACAAGCGCACCAAUUACGAUGCCAAGACUCAAUCUCGUGUGGUGGAUUUCGGAAAAGUACAUGAAAACUACAGUGGUGGUGUGGGACCUUACGAUAUUGCCAUUUUGCAUGUGUCACAACCCUUCGAAUUCAACGACUGGGUACAACCGGCCGUUUUGCCAGCUCCCGAGGAAAUCCACGAAGGUGAAACUCAUUUGUAUGGUUGGGGUCAACCUAAAUCUUAUGUCUUGACUGCUGCCAGUACUUUGCAAACUGUUACCACCCAAAUUGUAGAAUUCAACAAGUGUAAGGCCACUUUGCCCGCUGAUGCUCCCAUCCAUGAAACCAACUUGUGUUCAGACUCUUUGCAACAAAGCAUCUCUGCCUGCAAUGGUGACUCCGGUGGCCCCUUGGUUAAGGAAUACGAAAAUGCUCCUGCUGAAUUGAUUGGUAUUGUUUCCUGGGGUUACAUCCCUUGCGGUUUGGCUCAAAUGCCUUCGAUUUACACACGUGUCUCUGCCUACAUCCCUUGGAUUAAUCAAGCUCAAACACAAUUUUAUUUGGCUUAAAGGGAUUUUAAUGUAAACAGUGAAAAUUACGAUGAUUUAAAUAAAUAAAUGCAUAUUAAAAACAAA